UCCCAUCGGGAUUGCGCGGAGCGGGGCCGGGCUGGGCUGGGCAGGGUGGGUCGUUAGCCAACAUGCUGAUUUUAGCGAUACCCGUAACGUCGCGUUCCCCCCUCCCCAUCUAGAUCCGCGGAUUGUCGCGAGUGUCUUGGCGCGCGUAUCGCGAGCGAGCUCCUUCCCUGUUGCGCGCGGGCGCGUGUGUGUGUGAUUGUGUACUUUCACCAGGUGUGCAGUUUGAGUGUAAUCAAGAUACCAGUGUACAGUAGUUUGUGCCAGUGAUCUCCGGUGGUUGCCAACGUUUUCAGUGCGUAACUUAAAUGCGUGUGUGAUUCGGUGACCAUGCAACGGACGCACGCCUCUUGAGGAUUACUUGUUCCCACCCUUUCCUUUGGAUUUACUCCCUCAUCUAUCACCUGUGGAUUAUAUCAUCUGAAGCCAUGGAUAAAAUACGCGCCGGCCUCAGCAAACUCAUGGGCCAGCAGGGCCAGGGCGGUGGCGGCGAGAAGGCGCGCAGCCCCAGCAAUCGCAGGAUGGACCGGCUGCGGCGCAGCUUCCGCGACAGCUUCCGGCGGCGCAAGGAGCCCUCGCUGCCGGAGAGCUCCAAGCCGCACCAGUGGCAGCUGGACGAGGCGGCGGUGCGCGCCGGCACCUGCUGCUUCCACGUCAAGUACAUGGGCUGCGUGGAGGUGUUCGAGUCCAGGGGGAUGCAGGUGUGCGAGGAGGCCCUCAAAGUCCUCAGGAACUCGAGGCGGCGGCGCAUCCGCGCCAUCCUCUACGUGUCCGGAGACGGCCUGCGCGUCGUGGAGGACGAGACCAAGGGCCUGAUCGUGGACCAGACCAUCGAGAAGGUGUCGUUCUGCGCGCCGGAUCGCAACCACGACAAGGGCUUCUCGUACAUCUGCAGGGAUGGCACGUCGCGGCGAUGGAUGUGCCACGGCUUCCUCGCCCUCAGGGAGUCGGGCGAGAGGCUGUCGCACGCCGUGGGCUGCGCGUUCGCCGCCUGCCUGGAGCGUAAGCAGCGCCGGGACAAGGACUUCGGCGUCACCAUGAAGUUCGACCCCAAGGACUCUACCUUCACCCGGUCGGGGAGCUUCAGGCAACCGUCCCUCACGGAGCGGCUCGCCGACCCGCAGGAGCUGAAACCUGCCGCUCCGUUCCUGUGGGAGGUGGCUCGCCCCUCCGCGGCAGAAAUAGCCGCCAUGCCCGCCGCUCCCCUGGAGCCCGCCGACUCGAUCGACCCCCUGGACCCCCUGGCCCCGCAGCCCCCUCAGCCCGCGCAGCCCCAGCUUCAGUCACAGGCUUCGUUCGAGUUCGAGGCGGUGCUGGCUCAGAUGGCGGCUGCAGGGGGCAGGUCGUGGCCGGGGUCGGGCCCAGGGGCUGGGCCGGGGGCGGUGCAGGCCCAGGGGCAGCCCCCCGCGGCCCCCGUGGCCUACACGGGCCCCGUGGCUGGGCCGGAGCCCGUGCCGCCCGCGCCCGCGCACAAGGCGGGCAACCCCUUCGCCAUCGAGCGGCCGCACGCCACUGUCUCCAUGCUGCAGCGGCAGGGCUCGUUCCGGGGCUUCUCGCAGCUCAACCAGGCGUCGCCCUUCAAGCGUCAGCUGUCCCUGCGGAUCGGCGACCUGCCCUCCAACCUGGAGCGGCAGCGGUCCCUCAGCCUCGCCAGCGAACCUUCCCGGCCCCAAGCAGCAGGGGGACUGGUGGGUCUGGGGGGUCUCGGCGGCGCGGGGGCGAACGGCAGCGCGGACAUCGCGCCCGCGCCCGCCCCCCGCGGCGCCCUGACGCCUCAGAACCCAGGGCCGCCGCCGCCGCCGCCGGGGCGUCGCCAGCGACUCAUGUCCCUGCCGAACGCCAGCAGCGUCCAGGGCGACACGAUGAGCCCCAUCCCAGAGUCCUCCCCUCUGGCUAGUCGCGCGGGGCCUCCCGCAGCCUCCCCCGCCCCCGCGCUGCCCCCUGCGGACCCAGUGAGUGCCAUGUGCCAACAGCUGUCUCAGGGACUUCUGCUACUGUCCUCGACAGACGACUUUGGGCUUGACCUAACUAUGAAAAACAACAACAACAAUAAUCUAAGUUCCUCCAACGGCCUGUGGACGGGACCUGGGACGGGCGCACCUACCACCGCUGCACCCGAGGCCAAGGACCCCCUGGCGUGGACGAACACCUCCCUGUGGCCGCGUUCGGAUGUCCCCGCCCCCGCCACCGCACCCUCCCCCGCCCCCGCCCCCGCCGCGCCGUCACCGCCACCUGCCGCCGCGGCGCCGACGGUCGUCCCCGUGCCCACCAAGGACUUGCCCCGACCCGAGCAGUGGCUAGGGAAGAUUGCGACGGUUGUCAAGCCCCCCGCUCCCGCCCACUCGGGCGCCGCCCCUUCACCAGCGCCUUCACCCAGGAGAGCGGCAAUGCUCGGACACCACUCAAGAGCAUACUCGCUGGGCUCCGCCGAGUCCUACAUGGGCCGUAUGAAUGCCAACGGGCAUGGCGCUGGCACCGGGACCGACCCCUUCGACGCGGACUGGGCAGCCACAACAGGUGGCCACCCCGUCGUACCCGCCGCGCCUGCGGCCAGCACAAACCCCUUCCUGGGCGGGCCGGUCAAGGCGUUCGAAGUACGGAUGUGACGCUGAGCUCGAUCAUGAUGUCACUCUGACUGGAAGGGAGGUCUGCUGCUGGGCCUGGGCUGGCCUGGGCUGGCCUGGCCUUUCUCGUAGGUAGGCUGUACUUACUAGCCGGCUGUGCGUGUGAGCAGGGUGUGCCCCCCCGCUUGCACACAAACAUAUCUAUAUCUAUAUAUUUUUGUAUAUAUUUGUUGUAAGAAACAAACAUCUCAGUGAGGAGGGUCGAGACAAGAACCAUACCAGAUGUGGUGUGGAGGACUAAAGACUAUGAGAAUGAAGGAAGGGUAUGGGUAGUCCAAAUUAAAUAAUUUGAAAUCAUUUGUGAGGGGAGGGGGGGUAUUUGUUGGUUGUACUCUGUUGGCGGACUUAAUUGUUGAAUGUGUUAAUGUGAUACCAUAAAAUAAGUACUUAAUCUGGUAGGUAGUGCAGGUAGCUCAUUACUGCCGGUAUUUCUCGGUACUUUAUUCCUUUAGUAUUGGUUGUGAUGGUACAUUAGACGUGCCAAUAGCAUUAUGGAGUGCCUGCGCCGUAAUGCAGUCUCACCUUGUUUUUCUGUACUUCACUGUUAAUUUGCCACAUGCUACAUGUUCUUUAUAUCAGUUUAACUUUAAUCUCCCCCAAUAUUAGAAUAUGAAGAUGCCUGUAUCUAACUUACCUUACCAUAUAUAAAACUUUACAUAUGUAUGUAUGUAUGUAUGUAUAUAAAUAUGCAUAUACACAUUGAAAUAUAUAUAUAUAUAUAUAUAUGUAUGUAUAUGUAUGUAUAUAUAUGUAUACAUACAUUAUUCUAUAGAUAUUUUAAGAGAGGAAUGCGUGUUUGUAUGUGUAAAAGUAAAAAUAUUCUUAAUACAUUACUGCUGCAGUCGUUAUAAAUUCAGUAAAUGCAAAAUUUUAAUUGUCACAAAGGAAAGGAGGCUGUGCCCACCUUACACAUAUCCUUAAAUAUGUCACUCACAUUUUGCUUUGAGUGGUGUAAUCUUUAUUUUAUUUUUGUAACUGAACCUUUUUUGUUGCUUAUGGCUCUGUACUUUAAUCGUAUUCUUUAUGAGAAAUUUAUUAAGGUGUUACAUGAAGUGUUAUUAAAUUAUCAAUAGCAUAAAACUCUACCAUACAUAUCAUUCAAACAUUCUGACAAAACGUUAUUGAAAUUAUAACCAAAAAUUUUAUUUGAUACUUAGUUGAAUUUAGCAAGCAAAAAUAACGUGUUCACUUAUGAACCAAUGAGUUUGAAAAUGUAGUCUAAUGUAGUUUAGGCAGUCAGAUGAGAUUUGCUAACUUCUACAUUUUCUCACCAAGAAUUUACCAAUGAGGCUUCUACUUUUAGACCUUAUAAAUUGCCACAUCUGUAUGGCUGAGAUCUAAAAGAAUACCUAAAACAUCUUUGGAAUAUCAAGAUAUACUGCUAAACUUCAAAAUGUGCUUCAUGGUUUACUGUAGAACUGUACUUUAGGUAGCAAGAUGUUAUUGCUGACUAGGGAUCAAACUUCAAUGUAAAAAUUCCAAAAACCAAUGGAUUAAAAACACCAUUCAUUUA